UAACGUCCUUUAGUCUAACCCAGUUUAGUGCUCCCCUCUCCUGGAGGCUCGUCGACUUGAUCGGAUAUCUUCUACAACAGAUAUUUCCCAAAUUAUUUCGUCUCUCGAGAUUAGACGCUUUUGAGGAUAAUUUAUUCGGGACGAGAUGAGAGCUCAGAUCACCCUCCUUUUGGCGCUGGGAGUAGCCAUGGUGGCCUCCGACAGAAAGCCUUUCGGAAUCCAGCUCCCGGCCUUCGGCUCCCCGGAACCUCAGCAAUAUCACCUACGGCCGACGCUCUCCGGCUCCUCAUCGUCGGACUACUUCAUCUUCGGCAGCCCCCUGGGGUCCGGGCACGUCCUGGAUGGAGGAAGAGAUGGAGCCGGUGGCCCGGCAGCCGAGGCAGGUGGUGGAGCCGCCGUCACCCGCGGCGAAGCCAGCGACAUCCAGUCUUUCUCGGCGACCUUCAGCCAAGGCUUCGUGGAUCUGCCCGAGUACGAGACCUUCGCCUCUCCCUCGAGGUUCAGUUUCAGGAAGAGUUUGGACGACAGUCGCUCCGAGGAGGAUGAUGACGACGAUGAUGAUAAGUAGGUGAUGAUAAUGAUGACGAAGAUACAAGCAGAUCAUUGUGAUGAUAAUGAUGGCAUGCUAAUUCCCUACAGAUGUUAUUUUCCAAGUCGCCUUGUGUUACCAAUUGAAGACCAAAAUAAUGGUUUAAGUGGAUGAAAUAUUAUUGUAUGGUCUGAACUCGAUAUAAUAUGGAUACUAGCUUCUCAAAAUAUGCUUGAAUCAAUAUGUAAUAUAUAUGCAAUGUUCUAAAUGGAAUUAUUAUUGCAAUGGUUUACAAUAAAGGUUAUCCUUCGAUACUGAA